GCAUCUUAAGUAUCUUAACCUGUAUGCAAAGGAAACACUUGCAACAUGUUUACGCGAUGUUUAUUAGUUCAAUGAGACAAUAGUCUAACGAAAACUAAACUAAUUUGGGAAAAAAUAGGUGUAGGAUUGAAAGAAAUUAUUUACUUUCAGUAUUUCAAAAUGGACGACGCCAUACGGCUAAGAUUGGAGCUCAUCCAUGAUCGUCUAGUCAGUCUCAUGGAACAGAAUACGGGAGCAACAGUGACCGAAGACGAGCUAACCAAGCAAAUCCAACUUGUGGAAGAAUGUAACGCGAAAUUGACGAAGGAGAUACAUUUUUACAUGGAAAAGGGUAGUCAAGUCUCAUUAGAGACUUUAAAGAUAUAUACCAAAACACAGUUUCUAGCAGAAGAUUGGAAAACGGAAAUGAAAGCCUUAAUAAAAGGUCCUUCAGUCGCGCCCAGUACAGCUAAGCUACCGAAGCUCUCUCUACCAACGUUCAAAGGACAAACGCUGCGGUGGGCAGAGUUUUGGGAUAGGUUUAAGAGCAAUGUACACGACAAGCUCUUGCCAGACUCAGAGAAAAUGGCUUAUUUAGUAGGAUGCCUGGAAGGAGAGGCUCUCCAAGCAGUAGAAGGCCUUGGUAUUACAGAGCUAAAUUAUAAGGUUGCGCUACAGAUACUAAAGGAGAGAUUUGGGAACCAACAGAAGGUUGUUGAUGCUCAUUAUGAUGCCAUCAACAACCUAGAAAGGGCAGGUGACAAUGCCACUGAAUGUAGAGCAAAUUAUAACAUAAUCGAAAGGCAUUUGAGGACCCUGCAAAGCCUGGGAGAAUCGAUAGAUGGCAAUCAUCUUCGUUCUACGAUAUUAUCCAAAUUUCCAGAGAAGGUAAUAUAUGAGUUACAUUUGCUAGCUCUGGCAGACAGCACGGGAAAUAUUCGUAGUGGCUUACAGAAAAUUAUUACUGCUAUGGAAAGUGCCAAAGAGAACCCUGUCCCCGGUAGUGUCAGUAAAAUUUCUACAGGAGCGUUACACGUGAACACACAGAGUUCUCAGAAAAAAGGAAAACCACAUCUGAUUUCGCAUAAGAAAGGGUUUAAAAGAAAACUACCAGAGAAUAGGGAGCCCAAAAAUAAGAAACCAAAGAUGGCCUGUAUUUUCUGCGAAGGGCCCCAUUACAAUGCAUCCUGCAUGGUGGUUAAGGACAUUAAUGAGAGAAAAAAGAAAUUAGGGAAAAGGUGCUACAUUUGUUUUAAGGAAGGGCACAGGACAACAACGUGUACCAAAAAGAAGCCCUGUUAUUUCUGCCAAGGAACACACAAUCAAGCACUAUGUCCGAAGAAAACAGGUAAUAGUAAUAAUACCAUGUGUAUGGAAUCUAUAUCUUUACCAGAUUUUAAAGACAAAAAUAUUGAACUUAAUUAUUGUUCUUACCUACAGACGGCCAUAGUGGAGGUGGGGCAGAAGAACUCAAACAGAAUUAAAACACGAAGAUUGAUGCUUGACAAUGGCAGUGGUCGCAGUUAUAUUACCAGGAAGCUUGCAAAGGAACUAGACUUAGUGACAGAUCAAGAAGAUCAACUAGUAGUAUUUGUUUUUGGGGCUGAGGAUCCAGUCAACAUUUCCAGCCCAUCAGCAGACAUCCGAAUCAGAACUAGGAGAGGAAUCACAAGAGAUAUUCGAGUUAAUAUUGUACGUCAUAUAACCAAUUAUCUUGGUCCCCCUAUGAGUAUGGAUGGGAUUGAUGCUGUUGAUGUUAUAGCUGAUGAUGGGUCUGCUAGUGAAGAACCACAAAUACUGAUAGGUGGCGACUAUUGUUACUCAUUUCUCAGGAAGGAAAUGUUCUUGCUGAAGGAUCACCUAUAUUUAAUUAACUCAGAUUUCGGCUGGAUGAUUGCUGGCAAGGUCCGGCAAGAAGAGAAAACGAAUACACUAUCUGUCAUCAUGUACUGCCAAUGUCAAGAAUCAGUAACACCCUAUCUCGUAACACCAGACUUACCCUUCCGGGAACCAGACAUCAAGUUUCUAUGGGCUUUAGAAAGUAUUGGGAUUGUUGACUCUCCCAAGAUAACUAGAGAAGAAGAGGCCAUCAAACACUUUAACAAUACAGUUAAAUAUGAGGACAAGAGAUAUCAGGUGAAAUGGCCCUGGAUAACAUACCCACCGGAUUUACCUACCAAUUAUGGUCUUGCUUAUGGGAGACUAUCGAGUUUAAUACAAAGAUUAGAACUACAUGCAAUGGAAGAGUAUGAUAGCAUUCUGAGAGAACAACUAGCUUCAGGAGUUAUAGAAGUUAUAGAUCCUUCGGAAGUCGACUCCAGGACACACCCUGUUCACUAUCUCGCUCAUCAUAUUAUUCUUCAGAAAGGAAAGAAGGGACGGGUGGUAUAUGAUGGUUCUGCUAAACUUAAGAAUAGUAAAAGCCUCAAUGAGUGUAUGUACAGAGGACCUUCGAUGCUUGAGGACCUGACGGCUCUCCUUUUGAGAUUCAGAGUCAAUAAGAUUGGAAUCACAGCGGAUGUGGAAAAGGCUUUCCUUCAGGUUGGACUGCAACAGGAGGACAGGGAUGUAACCAGGUUCUUAUGGUUGAAGAACCCCAAAGCAGGAGUAAAUGAGAAUAACCUUCUCCACAUGCGCUUUUGUCGUGUCCCGUUUGGGAUCAUAUCCAGUCCGUUUUUGUUAACUGCUACAAUUCGACAUCAUAUGUCAAAGGGUGACCAAAAUCUUAUGUCAGAGAUAGCAGAUAGAACCUAUGUCGACAACCUAGUCACGGGCACAGACACGAUAGAGGAAGCUCGUCAUCUGGUGAACCAAACGAGGACUACAUUCACCGAGCUAUCAAUGAAUAUAAGAGAAUGGACAUCUAACAAUAAUGUAUUACUGAAGAGUAUCCCAAAACAGUUUCGGUCCAAGGAUACCGAAUCAACAAAGGUAUUAGGUCUUACCUGGCACAUGAACAAGGAUAUACUAAAACUGAGGCUGGGUGAAACUCUAGUGGAAAGAAAUCAAGACAAGAUAGCCAUGACAAAAAGAGGAAUAUUGAGAACUCUAGCCUCAUUAUAUGAUCCGUGUGGAUUUGCAGCACCUUUAGUUUUACCUGCCAAACUCCUUCUUCAGGAACUAUGGAAAAGGAAAGAGAAAUGGGACACUCAAUUACCAGAGGACUUGGAAGAAGAAUGGCAGAAGGCAGUGAAUGCUCUGAAGACUGCUGCUGAAAUAGAAAUUCCUAGACAUGUUGGGCUGUCACCAAAUAGAGACACAGAAUGUGAACUUCAUUGCUUCACUGACGCAUCUAAAAGAGCCUACUCAGCCGUAGUAUACCUCAGGAUUGUGAAUAAAAAAGAAAAGAGCACUAAAGUAAUGCUCAUAAUGGCUAAAUCCCGGAUCACCCCGAUAAACCACACAGAAGACCUAAAAAUACCGAAACUAGAAUUACUCGGAUUCGUCAUUGGGAAGCGACUCUUGACUUAUGUCAAGACAACACUUAAAACAGAACUGACACGUCUAUGUCUUUGGUCAGACAGUGAAAUAAUUUUAUACUGGAUGAAAUCAGAAAAGUUAUUGCCUCCAUUCGUUAGUAGAAGAAUAAACGAAAUCAAACAGGAAAAAGAUAUUGAACCUAGAUAUGUCAGUACAGAUUUGAACCCUGCAGAUCUAGCAACACGACCGGAACUUUGGCAUGUGAAGAAGGAAUUAUGGUUCAAUGGACCUCAAUUUCUUUUGCUGAGUGAGGAGGCCUGGCCAAAAUUGCAAGAACAUGGCCAGUCAGUUCUUUUAGCAGGAACCGACUCGACAAGAGAUACCAUGGAGGUAGAUAUGUCAACUCAUGAAGGAGAAUCCAUCGGAGGAACCAUAGAACAGGAAAAUAUAGAAAGAAUGAUCAUAGAUAUAGAGAAUAUGGAAGACAAGGACCAUAUGCCGGUUUCUGCCACCGGAGUUGAUGGAAACUGCAAAGACAUAAAGAGUUUACAGAAAUUACACUUCCCUCAAGAGGUAGCGGGUAAGAAAACAAGUCUGUCUAGAAAUUUAGGACUAUUUGUGGACAUGGACGGAUUAUUAAGAUGUAAAGGUCGAAUGAUGAACACAAUGUGUUCAUAUGACACCAAAUAUCCGAUACUAAUACCUAAGAACUCUGAAUUUACUGACAACCUGAUUCUGGAGACUCAUCAAAACUACUACCAUGUGGGAGCCCCACAUACACUGAGCAUUAUCCGACAGAAGUAUUGGAUUCCUCAGGGAAAGGCAAAGGUUCAAAGAAUAAUAAGGAAAUGUCAGCAAUGUAUUAAACAUGGCGGUGGUCCCUACAAACUCCCUCCCACACCAGCUCUGCCAGCAGAACGAGCUAACUACAGUGCUCCUUUCACAUACACAGGAAUUGACUAUUUCGGGCCAAUCUUUGUAAAGGAAAAUGGACAGAUGAAUAAAAGAUGGAUCUGCCUGUAUACUUGCCUAGCAGUACGAGCAAUUCACAUGGAAGUAGUUAAGGAUUUGACUGCAGAGGAAUGUUUACUUGCAAUGAGAAGAUUCAUAUCUACACGGGGAAGACCAGAACUCAUAGUCUCAGACAAUGCGUUACAGUUUAAAUUAACUGCACAACUAUUAUCAAAUGUAUACUUCAUGGACAAUAAAAUAAGGUGGAAAUUUAUCCCUCAGCUCAGUCCAUGGCAUGGAGGUUUUUAUGAACGACUGAUCGGCGUUGUAAAGAAUUGCAUGAAGAAAACCCUAGGAAAAGGAGUUCUAAACGACACACAGUUGAGUACAGUAGUCAAGGAAAUCGAAGCUGUGGCGAACUCACGUCCACUUACAUGCGUUGGUUCUGACAUAGAAUAUGUAUUAAGACCGGCUGAUUUCUUAACCUACGGGAAAUGUAUAGCGAUCGAACCUUCCAUGCAAAAUCCGUAUCCAGGGGGGUCAGUCACGAAAGAAAAUCUAAUAGAAGGAUGGAAAAAGGGCAAAAUGAUCUUAGAAGAAUUUAAGAGAAUGUUCCUAGGACAAUACCUUUGCAGUCUUCGUGAAAGAUAUCAACAUUCACACAAGGAACCUCGGGUUAGAUCUAAUCAAAACCCUCAGAUUGGUGAUAUAGUCCAGAUUAAAGGAGAAUCAAAAAAUAGAGAGAACUGGAAAGUGGGCAAAAUCAUCAGUUUAGAACGAGGAGCCGAUGGAGAGUGUAGGGUUGCAAAGGUUGAUGUGGAAGGAAAGGAAUUUAUAAGAUCAAUAGGUCAUUUGUAUCCGCUAGAGGUCGAAGAGGCUAGGCUAGAUUAUUCUGAAACAGGAGUGAGAAAUCAAGAAAAUCCAGAUGUACAGAAUGUAGAAGAAUCUUCGGAGGAUAGAACUACAGGGGUACAGGAAAUAGAAAGCACACAUCUUGAAAAGGAAGCUACAGGACCAAUGCGACCUGACAUUGCAGAAGAUAAUGAUAGCACACAAGAGACUGUGGGUUUAGAGGACAUACUCACUCCGGUAGAGAGAGGGCAAGAAAAUGGUACUGGCGAGAGUGACAAAACAGUGACUGAAGGUAAUGAGACUACAGAGACAGUGGAAACUGUGUCAUAUGGCAAUGAAGAAAGAAGCAGACGAGCAGCUGCCGUCCGGGCAAGAGAAAAGAUUGCCCAAUGGACGAGCCAGCUGAUAGCACUGCUAUAGGAACUCCUGGCCGUUUGGGAGUGUCGCGACGAACGCGAUCCUCAACAAAUUAGCAGUAAGGGGAAAGAGACACGUUGCGACCGGACGGACAAGGUUCGUGUGGCGGGAAAAUAGAAAAGAAGUAAGUUGAAGGAAGGAGAGAAGACUCGACGUUAAAUCGGUGAGUGUUAGAAAUAUAGAAUCAUAAUUGGAUCAGAGAGAUGAAGGGA